AAUUCUCAAACUUUUGCUUUCCACUGCUUGUUACCACUGAUCAUCAUCUCAAAUGAGUCAAUAGUGAGUGCAUUUUACUGUCAAGUUAAGACUAUUGUUCAGCAGGCAAGAUUUCAGUUUUGCUGUCCUUUGUAUCUAGCACACUACUCAAGACAACUGUCAGGCCAGCAGUUGUCAUCUGCAUGUAUGUGAGAAAAGCACAGACCGCUUGUCUGUUCAUCCUGUUUACUUGCAUUCCCUGGCAGCCCUCGCUGAGUCUGAAAUGCCAUGAGGGAGGCUGUGUAUGUGUGCGUUUAAAUCGAGCCCCUCCGGCUAAUAAAGGGGGCAGUUCAUGUCGCACUGUACCAUGUGUGGGCGGUGGGUGGCCCGAGCCCGACCUUCCUCUUCUGUCUCUCCCUCGGUCUUUGCAGCCCUGUGUAACAAAACUCUGUGUCUCUGCUGUGUUGAUUUCCCUAUCAGACGCCUAUCAUGCCUUUUCUCCUGGGGUUUAGACAGACCCGGCUGCAUUGUGUAGGAGUGAACAACCAGAGCUACUUCUGUGAUUCGGGCCACUGCUGUGGGGAAUCUCAGUGUUGCAGCUAUUACUACGAGGUGUGGUGGUUUUGGUUGGUCCUGACUCUCAUCAUCAUUGUGGGCUGCUGCUGUUUGUGCCACCACCGUCGAGCCAAACACAGACUGCAGCAACAGCAGCGGCAGCAUGAGAUCAACCUCAUCGCUUACAGAGAAGCCCAUAAUUACACCUCUCUACCCUUCUAUUUCAGGUUCCUGCCUGGUUACCUCUUACCGGCAUACGAGGAAGUUGAGAACAGACCUCCGACGCCCCCGCCUCCAUACAGUGCCUCUCAGCCAGGCCAGUCCACCAGCAUUGACCCCCUGUGCUCUGAACAACCAGAAGAGCUCUGCCCUCCACUGCAGUCCAGCCCCAGUGUCCCGUCUGCAUCUGAGAACUGUUCCCCGGGACCCUGUGUAGAGCAGCCACAUACUCCCACUGCACACCGCCCUGUCAGAAACGACCACAAACCACAGUACCUCAGCCGAGAAGAGGACGGGCAGCCACAGCAGGUGGCGUGUGCUACCUCACACAGCCCUGUCAAACAGGGCAGCUCCGGCGAGGAUUUGACUGAACCCGUAGAAGACUGUUCUCUCGACAGCAAAGACAAGACUCCAGGACGCCACCGGCGCUUCACAGGCGACUCUGGGAUUGAGGUAUGUGUUUGCAACCAGGGGCCCGGGGAUGGAGAGGAAGAGGAGGAGAUGAAAGAGCUUGUAGGGCACAUGGAUGGAGGGGUGCUCGAGGAGCAGGACUUCUGUGAUAGCUGCAACCUCCGUGGCAGCAGCCCUCCUCGUGGUCCGGGGGAUGAGGAACAGGGCCUGGCUGCCUCAGACGUGCCUCUAGAGCACAGAGAGCAUCAGCGGCCUCCAGUCUGCCUCCAUCUGCACACCAUCAAUGAACAGGACGGUCCGCAUCACGCCAACAACACGGACCCCCAGAGUUGAGCACAACCGGUUCCAGCAGAGACUUACUUUAGACUGCUGUCUCCCUUUACUUUCUUGAGAUACAUCAGUUUGUACUGUCAGCAAUGCCACUUUGGGUGUACUUUGAGUGUGUAUGUGCGUGUGUGUGUGAGUGAAAGAGAGAGAGAGUUUUAAAAGGGUGUUAAUGUGUGAGUCCUCGCGGAUUUAUGGAUUAAUAGGGUAGUCUAGUAAAGACGUAAAUAGGUCUGUUGCCUCACAGAGAGAUUACAAUCAAAGCCACAGGGGAAAUUCUCCUCAGUUUAUAGCCUUAUUGAGCUCUGGGUGACAUGCCUGUAGAUUUGGAGGCUAUUUGUUGGUUUUUGGGGGCUGAUUGCCUCCUACUGAGAUGAAGAUGGCACACAAGGUCAGGGGAUAUUGAUUUGUGCUGGCUUUUGCUCCUGAAUUCUUAUCUUUAAUGUCAUUUUAAAAUACUUAAAGGGACAGUUCACCCAAAAAUGAAAGAUCUGUCUUUAUUUAGUCACUCUCGUGGCAUUCCAAAUACACAGGACUUUUGUUCAUAUUUAAAACACAUAUGAAGAUAUCUUUAAUAAAAAAAAAUUAAGAGGGAUCCAUUUAAAAAGGUCUAUUCCACUAAAAGUGGAUGCUUUAAAAAGUUCAAGAUGAACUUAUAUGUGAAAUAAAUCCACAUGCACAGAGGACAUCAAAUAUAGUAAAUAAAAGAUGAAACAUACAUGAUGCACAAGAACCAAUGAAGUUUGUUGUUUCGCAUCAAGCAAGUACAGUUGAAAUUCUUUUUCUAUGUUUCUUGUUAAAUGUGAAUUAAAGCUUGAAUUAAAUCUGUUAAUUAUAUAAGCCACUUAUGUCUCUUCAGAAAACUUUGAUUAAACCAUUAUGGAUUACAUCUAUGAUCUUUUUAUGAACUUUUUGAAGCAUCAAUAUUUAGGUGGAAUUUCAAAGGAGGUACAGAAAUUUUGCAGGUUUGAUUAAAAGUAUCUUAAUUUUUGUUUCAAAGAAAAUCAAAAGUCUUAUCCAUCUGGAAUGAUGUGAAGGUGAGUUAUUGAUAACAGAAUUUUCAUUUUUUGGUGAAUUAUCAAUUUAAGAUUAUAUUCUGCACGAAAAAAAUGGAAAAGACGGCCACAGAGCAGUCUGUUAAUGCUUCAGAGCUUUAAUAUUCAGUUGUUGUUUCUUGUUUUUAUUUCUUGUCUUUUUUUUUCUGAAAAUGUUUGAUCUGGAUGCAUGAUGCUAUUCAGAAAAAUGAAGGAAAGUAAUUAUCUCAAAUAUAGAUUUUUUUUGUCUUUUUGUAUCAAUAAGUGAAUGUGCUCCCUACCUGGCAGGGUAUGGUUGCCAUUUUGUUUAUUUUGUCUCAUCAUUGUAUAACAUGGUCUCGGGCUUUAUCUAAUAUUUUGCAUGAUUAUUUGCUUAAACUAAAUAGAUCCACAAACAGAAACUGAAUGCAUUCACAUGCUAUAUAGUAGUACAUUUUGAAGUUAAUUAUGCAAAGACUCUUCAAAUGAAGGCUGAAAAUACCUUUGUAUAUAGAUUGAACCCAGCUUGUACAUUUACACUAGGUGCCUUUGUUGAUUUAGGUAGUUUUCAUAUGCCUUAAAGAGAAGAGUGUGUGUCGUAGAAUUUCUGCAUUAAAUAAGGGCCAGUAUGAGUGAAGAUUUUGCUCAGUGGUAAUGUCUUGUUUGAAAGGAUAUCUUGAUAAGCCUUCCAUUGAAACAUAUCAUUUAAAUAUGUUUGUUUUUUGCCUUAAUUUAAUUUCUAUAUUCUCCCAUAGUGCUUUUAAGUUGUUUUUGUAUCUUAACACUGUAAGGGAACUCUUGCACCACUAACAUUAACUUAUGUACAGGCCUUAUUAAGCUUUUAAUGUGCGUUUUAUUGUAGCAGAUCAGGUAAGGUUACUGUCAUGUUAGUGUAGCACUUAAGUCGGGUUCAUGAUGAGAUUGAGAUUUGUUUUUCGGUGGCGGUGAGACUGAAAGCUGCUCCACUAUACUUCACUUCCCUACACUGUGUGUGUGUGUGUGUCAUUGUAGGAUGCUUUAAGUGGAUCGUUCUUCAGGCCACUGUGUUUCUUUGACCUUUGGUUUAGAUUAGCAGUUGUAGGCAUCCUAUAACAGAGUCUUAGCUUGGGCACAGAUGGCUUUUAGGCCCUGUUGAUCUUCAGAUCAGAGUGUUCCUGUGUAAAUGGUGGCUAAUUUUCUAUUAAAAGUGAAAGUGGUCAGUAAAUUAGGUUCCUAGUGUGUUGGCUG